GAGAUUGCAAUUAGUAUCUCUCCAUCACACCUGGUAGACCUACAGAUGAGCUGCUGCUGGCUGCAAACAUCAAAACACAUUCAGAUUCUCACUCUCUUUUUUUCUGUGGUACAUCAUCAAAUCGUUAAAUGGAAUCGUUAUCAAAAGUGGAUGAGCCGUUGCCUACGCCUCCGCCGUACUUCUUAGGAGAUGAAAGUCAAACAGGGCAAGAUGUGAGAAUGUACCAUAUUCACUCACCUUUUAGCCCUCCACCACCACCUCCUUCCUUCUCCUUUUCUCCUGGAGUUGGCUGCUCCUCUCAACCUUGCACAACUCUAUCAGUGUCUGCUCUGCCUCCGUCUACUCCCAGGCCGAAGUUUGUGAGCUAUGAAACGGAGCUGUAUCGUUCUCCAGCUCUGACAACAUGCCUUUCUUGUCAGACUCAGGUCACCACGCAAGUCACCUACCAAGUCGGGACUCAAGCGUGGCUCAUGUGUCUUGUGUUUGUGUUAUGUGGGUUGGUGCUUGGAUGCUGCCUGAUCCCAUUAUUUGUAAACUAUUUCAAGGAUGCCUAUCACACUUGUCCUCGCUGUCAACGAGUCCUCCACAUACAAAGGAAGACAUGUUGUGAAUGAACACACACAAGCUUAACUACCAA